UUCAAAUCCAUGGAAGGAUGCACUCAUUACUUGGCAAUGGUACUGGUUCAGCUUAUAAAAUUGUCCCUUCAGGACGGACUCAAUCAGAUUGUCUUCGUGGUUUACAGGCAUGUUCUUGCGAUGGUUUUGAUCGGACCAUUUGCCUAUGUGCUUGAAAGGACGCAGAGGCCUUCUCUCUCGUUUUCAGUAGCUGCAAAUAUUUUCCUGCUUGCGUUGUUAGGGCCUACCAUCUAUCUGAAUGUAUACUUCGCUGGUUUAGCAUACACUUCUGCAACAGUUGCAAGUGCCUUGAGCAAUGUUAUCCCCGCUUUGACGUUUCUGAUGGCAGUACUUCUUGGGUAUAUACUAUGGUUUACUUUGAUUUCUUCUACGGUUUCCUGCUCUGUAAUUUUCUUACUGCUAUUCAGGAUGGAGAAAUUGAAGAUUAGAAGCACUCGAGGCCAAGCGAAGGUGGCUGGUACAGUCUUCUGCAUUGGCGGUUCUCUUAUUUUCACAUUCUGGAAAGGAGGAUACCUGUUUAAAGAUGUGGAAAAGCCACUGAUAAGUGUUUACAACGCAAAGGGGUCUGUUGGCCAGAUCAAGCAUGUUCAGGAAAACUGGAUCAAGGGUUCUGCUCUUAUUCUGAUUAGCCACAUUGCGUGUAGUGCGUGGCUAAUCCUCCAGGCUGUGGUGUCCAUAGUCUACCCUGCUCCAUUGUCACUAACCACCAUCAUGUGCUUUUUUGCAUCACUGCAAUCUUCUUUCCUUGCCUUGUUUUUCGCAAGAAAUCCAAGUUCAUGGAGACUGGAGUGGAACCUGCAGCUGUUUACCAUCGUCUACUUCGGAGUUCUGACCACAGCAUUAGUCUAUUACCUGCAAACAUGGAGCAUCAGUCACAAGAGACCAGUUUUUGCAGCUAUGUUUAGUCCACUUCAAGUCAUUAUAGUGGCAGCGUUUUCGGCAAUUGCUUUCGCUGAGCGACUUCAUUAUGGCAGCUUGAUUGGAGCACUUCUCAUUAUUGUGGGACUUUAAUGUGUGCUGUGGGGAAAGAGGAAAGACGAUCUUGCUGCUGAACACGUAGAGAUGUAAAAUGUGACGCUGGACGAGAAUAAAAUGGUGGAGAUUUCCAUGAAUGAUAUCUCAGUAGUCAAUCCUGCCACACCAGAGAAGUAACAUGAUCAUGGAGACAAGUUUUUUUUUUUUUUUUGGGGUCAGAUCUUAAAGAACUGUUGAUGUAAGAAAAGUUGUGUUUUAUCAUUAUGCAGAAAGUCGGAGAAAAUCUUUCUUAUUCAUAUAAUCUCUAGUUCCAACACAAUCCAUAUGAACUUAAUAGUACACAUCAACAAGAGAAAUCCUUUGCUUUCCGGCAUAGUUUUUCAGUAGCCUCUCAACAGCUUCAUUUGCAACUGAGUUUGAAUUAUUUCGAUCACCGGAUGGUUUCCAUGAGCGGCACAGAAAUCUAUCAAUUCCUUUGUGUUUCCUUUGUUCUGCUUACUGCACUGCCGGAAAUUGUUUUCAGACCUACCAAAAAGGUCGAUGCACGGUGUUCACUACCCAAGAAUUUGGCCUUCAUGUUUCCCCUAACAUGGUUACUGUAUACCCCAUUAUAAUCCAAGCAGUCGGUUAGCUAAUGUAGCUACGUUCACUUAACAAGUGAAAUAUCUAACUAAUUACCUCGGUCCCUUUGUUUAAAGUGAGAAUUGUCAUGACAAUUAUUCAUUUCAU